GGAAACCGUCUAUCAUCUCUACUUCCGGCUUGAUGUGUAGACAGACGUGUACGUUUGUGUAGACAGAAACCGACAUAAACAUGCCUGGGAUGCAAUUUGAAUACGAUGAGGAAGGAGGAACCUUCUUCUAUUUUUUGUUUUCUCUAUGGGGCCUCGUUCUUAUUCCCGCCACGUAUUAUUUUUGGCCCAGGAAAUCUGUAGACGAUGAUAAAGAUAAGAAGAAGAGAGAGUGUAAUUGUGAUCCUUGUGUCAUAAAACGGCAUCAAUUAAAAUCCAGCACAAAAUGGAACAGAAUGAAAGAGAAAGUUUUGAAAGUGGUAUUUAUAAUAGCUUGGAUAAUAUUUGCCCUACUGGCCUACAAAGUUUCCCAGAUCCAUAUAGAAUACCAGGAAUAUGACCCAUAUGCUGAACUUGGACUGGAUGUUGGAGCAACAAAAGAGGAAAUUAAGAAGGCUUACAAAAAACUAAGUUUGAAAUACCAUCCAGACAAACCUACAGGGGACCACAAAAAGUUCAUGAAAAUUGCCAAAGCCUACACAGCAUUGACAGAUGAAGAAACGAGGAAAAUUUGGGAGGAGAGCGGUGAUCCAGAUGGUCCAGGAGUCACCAGAUUUGGUAUAGCUUUGCCCAAGUGGAUUGUGGAGAAGCAGAAUUCUAUGUGGGUCCUGUUGGUUUAUGGUCUGCUAUUCAUGGUUCUCCUGCCUGUUGUUGUGGGUGUUUGGUGGUACCGCUCUAUCAAGUUCUCUAAGGACCAGGUUCUGUUAGACACCACCAGAUUGUACUACUAUUUCUUCCAGAAAAACCCCAACAUGAUUCUUAAAAGAGUGAUAAUGGUGUUAGCUGGAUCUUUUGAAUUUGACAAAUUCCACAAUGCCGAGAUUGUCGAGAGACCGAGUGAUAAUGAGGAGGUCCCUAUGCUGAUCAAACGUUUGCCAAACCUGGAUGAGAAGAACAAGGAGAAGCCCCUGUGUUAUCCCUACAGUGUCAAGGCCAGGGCUCUCCUACACGCCCACUUCCAGAGGCUGGACCUUCCCCCGGACACGCUAGCUAUUGACCAAGCAUAUGUGGUGAAAAAGUGUCCAUAUCUUAUCAAUGAAAUGAUAAAUGUUAUCGCACAGCUGGUGGCAGGAGCUCACAGAAACGCUGUCCAGUACAUGCCUCGACUAGAAACAGUGGAGAACUGUAUGAAGCUUUCACAGAUGUUGAUACAGGCGGUGGACGUACGGACUAGUCCUCUGUUACAGCUACCACAUCUAACACAGGACAUGUUGAAACAUUUCACCACUAAAAAGAGACACAUCCAGAGAAUCCGCGACUUGAUCGGGAUGAAGGAGGAAGAUCGACGCUCACUUCUACGUCACAUGACGUCUGACGAGUAUCGUGACAUAAUUAAUGUGUGUGCCACACUGCCACAUGUCAAGAUGGAGGUCCACUCCACAGUUCUGGAUGAUGAGGAUACAUCAAUAACAGCUGGCUCUAUUGUGACGGUAAAUGUUAGCCUGACCAGGGAGAUGAUGGAGGUGUUGUUUGAUAAGGAGGAUCUGUCUCAUGUUGACGAGGAACGUGACAAUCUAGCCAUCGCUAACGAGGAAACGGAAUCUAAUAAAGACCAGCAGGAAAAUGAGACAGAGGAUAAUGUUGAAGCAAAAGAGAAAGCUCCUAUCUGGCAUAAACAGAAAAAACAACCGAAGAAAAAGGGAGGUAAUCAAAAGAACAAAAAGGUCAAACAGGCGUACAACUGGAAAGCUGCCGCAGCAACAAACGCCACAGCAAACGACAAGAAGGAGGGCAAGGGGGAGUCAGAAAAACAGGGUAAUGAGGUUGCAGUGAAAGAUGACGAAGAAGACAGAGAAGAGAAUGACAAUGACUCUGAGAGGGCAGAAACAGACGAGGAAACAAAUGCCUCAGAUGGUGAGGACCGAUCUGUGGAUAAGUCAGAGUCCUCCAGAGGACACGAGGAGGACGAGGAGCAGUGGAGGAAAUAUCAGGAGGAGGCCAAGAAAGAACAACAGCUGGACACAAAGGUCAAGGAGAGUCAUCCUGUCCACUGUCCAUAUUACGGAGAGGAGAAGCAGGAGGGAUGGUGGUUGUAUGUUUGUGAUAAGAAAUCUCACAUGUUGAUUACAGCCCCAGUCCAGAUCCUGACACUCAAAGACACAGAGGAGAUGACACUCAAGUUCUCUGCCCCUCACAAGCCUGGAUUGUAUACCUACACAGUGGUGCUAAGAUCAGAUUGUUAUGUUGAUUUUGAUCAGUCCAAGAAUAUCAGGCUGGACGUGAAGGAAGCCAAGGUGAUCGAUGACCAUCCUCAGUGGGACUUUGUCGAUGAUGAAGAAGACAAGGACAAAGAUGACGAAACUGACUCGGAUUACUCCACGGAUUUUGAUGAAUCUGAUGAUGAUUGAACAUCCACUCACCAUUAGGAGGAUGUCUAAAGAUUCAAGCAUUUUAAGUGAAAGUCAAUACUGUGACAGCAAAGUGAAUCUAAAAAUUGUGUCAAACUAAGAAAUAUCGAUAACAAAUAUAUAUAAAUGUGUCUUGUAUAAUGGGGAGAGCACUUCAGUAGUAAGAUGAUUAAAUUCAAGAUUAUUCAAAAAAAAUCUUUCUUUAUAUGUAUGGCAACUGCAUCAGUUGUUUGUUUGUUCUUUUGACGUUUACAAUCUUUUCAAUAUUUUUAUUGGCAGUUUGAAAGCUUAAAUUGGCAAUAGCUUGCUGUUCAGUGCUCUCUUACAUGUAAAUACUGAUUGAUCUAAAUACUGAUUGGUAGAAAAUUAUCUUCAGUUUAUAAUUAGGAGAUGAGGUGAAUUAAUUUCCUACAUGCUGUCAAAUUGACAAGAAUUUAGUGAUAAGUUCCAGUUAUGAAUAGGUGAUUUCUAUUUCUUUAUGAAGAAAAUCCUAUUUAGUUUAAGCUGGUUGUAUAUAUGUGUGUGUGUGUAUUUCACAACUGUAUGUUAAAUACUAUGUUUUACAAUGUCUGACUGAUAAAAACUCAUUGAACAUUUAUUCACUGUACAAAAAUAUGUGCCACAUUUGCCCUAGAACAGUUUCAUUUCAAAAUAUUUACAUACAUUAUCAAACAUUUUCAUAUUAGCACAGAGACAAAUUUUUUUCUUGAACUUCAAAUGCAACACUUCAUUUGCUUUUCAUAUUGCAAGAGAAAAAUGAAGUGAAUGUGUGUAAAGAAAGUCAGUCAAAAGUGUGGUGGAAAAUAUACAGCACUACCAACUACUGCCAUUUACAAAAUCAAUGUACACUUGUUCAUUUUAAGCUUUGUUGGUAAUUUGAUGUAGCAGUUUAAGAUUUUGUAAAUAUAACUUUUUCGAUGUUAUUUUAGUUUUUGUACAAUCAGUGGCCAUAGGCAUUAGUCAUAAACGUGUUUAUGUUUUUCUUGUACAAAAUGUAUAUCAGAAUGCAUUUGCAUGGGGGGGAAAAUACACAAUUUACAAUAUUUUCCUAUACAUUUGACCGAGAUUUAAUGACAAUAUUUAUAGAAUUUCGGAAUGAUUUUGUAUUGUUUUAUUUAUUUGAUAUGUGCAACAUCUCAUUCCAAGAACAACUUGUCAUAAACUCAUUGUAAAUAUAUCAUAAAAUGAAAUGGUUGAUGAAUGUCAUGAAAUGAUCACUUGUUAUAUUAUGCUUAAUGUGGAAAAUGGAAAUAAAAGUAAACAAAUCAA